UUCAAUUUCCAAACCUUUAGUUGGCAUUUGUAACACUUUUUUCUCAGUUACUUCAUACACCUUAAAAGAAUAGUGUAGUUCAGGAUUAUGCGUGCGCAAGUGGUGGAGCUGCCUACUUGUGCAUGUGUAUGCUUAUGUGUGCGGGAGUAAGCAAAGGCAGCCACAGGAAGUGAGGGUCGGCAUAAGUGUCAAAGCAGGUGGUUCAGGGUAUGUUGAUAGUGAAAGAAAAAUGUUUGCAUUGUGGUUUAUAUGAUCACAUGAUUUUGAUUAUGGUCACAGCAGUAGGAAGUUUAUUUCACACAUGUACUGUGUCACACAGUAAUUUCAACUCAUUCAGAGAAGACUGAAGCAGUAAAGGGCUUAAUAGAAAUACAGAAUUCUUAUAUUAGUUCCAGUGAAUUUCUUUCAGAUUCAAAAAAACUCUUUACUCAAAAAGAUUUUCAACACAGGCCUUUCCAACAUGACUCAUUUGAUAAUGAUUGUAUCUGACGUUCAGCUUAAAGGGCAUAAAAAUCCCUGAUAUGCUUCUAAAUUCCCUCACAGUAUCUCUUUUUGAUCAUUUUCAUAUGUAGAAAAUGUUGAGUGUAAAUCUUGCAGCGUCCAGUCCUCGUGGUGGUGAGGUGGAACGUGGUGUUCCUCAACAACAAGAGACAUGCUGUGACUGCUGGUUGUUGCUUGAAAAUUUCUAGGAGGAAUUUAUUUUUUAAAGACAAGAGCAAAGCAAAUUGGUUUGAUAUAUUUUUCUACAUCACAGGACGGAUGUAUUCGGAGUCAAAUGAUCCAAUGGGAAACAAAAUGAGCGGAACAGAGGACAUUGGAAAUUACACCUAUAAUUAUGAUCCUGACCCUGAAAGCUGUGAAGCCAGUCAAGUCUUCGGCAAUGGAUCCACUUUAUUUGAUGUUAUUUACUACGUGCUCUUCUGCCUGGGUCUAUUCGGAAACGUGAUUGUACUCUGGGUUCUUGUCCAUCACACAAAGAAAAGGACGAUGACGGAUGUGUUCCUCCUUAAUUUGGUCCUGUCUGACCUUUUAACGGCUGUGUCUCUGCCUGCCUGGGUCCAUAGUUCCCAGAGCCUUCCAUCCUGCAAAGUUGUUACAGGAAUCUAUCAGUUGGGUUUCUACAGUGGGACAUUCUUUGUGACCUUGAUGAGCGUGGACCGCUACUUUGCCAUCGUCCGCGCCGUGGCAGCAAUGCGAACACGAAGGCUUCGCUACGGAGUCAUUGCCAGCAUCACCAUCUGGGUCAUAUCUAUGAUCAUAGCAACACCGCAGGUGAUCUUUGCCCAGUUGGAGGAAGAAGACGAGGACAAUAACAGCUUCCAUUGCCAUCCUGUCUACCCAGAGGACACCUAUCAGUCCUGGAAAAUGGGACGAAACUUCACGGAGAACACUGUGGCCCUUUUUAUCUGCCUUCCUGUCAUGAUUUUUUGCUACGUUAAAAUCCUCAUAGUGGUCUCUAAAUCCAGGAAUUCUAAAAGAGAUAAAGCAAUCAAGCUGAUUUUCACAGUGGUUUGCCUGUUUGUACUGUGCUGGGUGCCCUACAACAUAGUAGUUUUCCUGCAGACUCUGCAGUUGAUGGAGUUCAUAGACCCCUGCCAGGCCCAAAAGGCCAUCAGCUCAGCCAUGCCCUUUGCUGAGAUAAUCGCUCUGUCUCACUGCUGCAUUAACCCAGUCAUCUAUGCAUUCAUUGGGGAGAAGUUCAGGAAGACAUUGACCAAAGUCCUUUCAAAGUAUUUCAGUCGGAAUUACCGGAGCGCAGGGGUUUCCAUUAGCCACACCACAGACACACGUGACAGCUCCAACACACCUCUAUGAUCAGAUUAUUGAAAUUGGGUCAUGUGUGUAAUGAACGGCUAGAUAUGUCAUGUUCCUUUGACUCACUGGAGUGAGAGACUAAAGAGAUCAAGUUUGUUAUCUGUCUAAGAGAGCACGUUGGCAGUGGUUGUGGUGAAAGGGAGGGGAGGGGCGUCGCAAACGCGGUUUAGGUCUGCAAAAACUUUAGAGCAAGCUUUUCCUUUUCCCCUACAAGGUGAUGACUCAUUUGCAAAGUGCACAAGAAAUACCUGAAACAUUUCUUUUCAUUCUUUUUGCUUGACAUUUACAGUAAAGUCAAAAGACAAGUCAAAAAUAUAAAAUUCUCCUUGAUUUAGGAUGUGGAGGAAUAUAGAUUAUAUUGAAUAAUGAUGAUUUUUGUCCUCUAGUGUAAAUACAGUGUUGUUUAUCAAUACAAAAUUUUAGAUGUUGCAUUUGUGUUUUUAUUAUCUUU